AUGGUGCAAGCGACGCUAUCGUCCUCCGAUGUGCAGGGUCUUCAAGAUUCUCGUCCAGUAAUCCUUCCCAUUGUAGACUUGACAGCGAACAAGGCUGGCGAACGUAACUCGCUCACAAAUCCCUUGCAAAUUCCUUCCAUCACGCUGUCCUCCGAUGGUUCUCUCGCAGCUCGCCGUCUUAGCUUAACACCUGGAAGGAAGCCAAUGCGUUCAUCACCUUUAGCUGGCCCAUCAGUCUCGCCCCUUUUCAUCAUCAAUGACGCCGACCAUGAUAAUGAUUCAGACACCCUCAGGCUCUCCAAACCAGAGAUGAUCGCAUUACCCCAACUUCCCGCGAAAACAUUGGUCCCAAGACCGAAGUCUUCCGAGGGCGUCAUGCCUCUUCCUGACCGUCGCCUUUCGAUAGCCUGGGAGGCUUCACCAAAAUCAAGCUUGUCGCCGUUGGAUACGUUGCGUCGUCCGGAGAGACACAAGUUAAAGCGCCCGCGGAGCGCUCACUCUCCUGCAGACGCCUAUGAUUUUUCUCGCCCGCAGGAAUUUCCAGCAUCCGCUACUGACGAUAGCGCCCGUGGCCGCAUGACCUCUAACGUCUCCUCACGUCGACCUCACUCGUUUUACAUAGAUCCAACCGCUAUCCCUAGCGGGCCACCUCAUUUUCCGGACUGUGUACCGCAAUCACCUCCUCGCUCACCUACGGACAAUUCGUGGUACAUUGCAUCCGCUUACGACGUUACGCCUCGCUUUACUAGAUUAGGUCUCGCUUCGUCGGGUGUGGUCCUCCCAGUUUCCGCGAAAGCGCAUCGUGUCGACAAGCCCUCAACCUCACACUUACGUUCUUCCCCAUCCUCCAUUACCCUGAAACCUCGAUCCACAAUACCAAGCAGACUUAGCAAAAGCGCGGGAUCAACUCCUUCAAACUCUGUCGUUCAUUUGACGAGCAGCACGCCAAGCCUAACUCUGUCGUCUAGCAACGAGUCAGUCACUGACAGUGGCCCACCGACACCCAGCCCCACGAGUACGACGGAUCUUUCGGAGCCCAGCUCUGCAAGCACGACGGACUUUUCAUCGCACACAUCAGACUACCAAGGACGACGAAAGUUCUCAUUCUCCCGCAUGCGGAAGAACUCUUUGGCGCGUGUUAGAAGCCUCCGCUUCAAGUCUACACAUACAAAUCCUUAUCCAUCCUUUGAAAAGGAGAUUGAUAGCCCACAUGUCCGAUCGCAGGCUGCGGAUUUUAGCGCUCCUGAUAAGACGAAUUUCCUUGACAUGGAGGAGUUGGCGGUUCGAAAUGAGCCGCAAUCUGCCCUCAAGCCUGAGCCCUUAUCUAGAGGAGGGACGAUCAAGAGGAUGUGGAAGUCGUUGGCUAGUGGCGGGAGGAAUCGCUCUUGA